AUGAAAGCGUCCUUCCAUCUACCAUGCGCAUGGAAGAUUAAUCUGCCUCCACCGCAGAAGCCCAAUGCGAACUAUUUGGUGCACGAUUUGCGAGUGUUUUUUAGGCAUCAACUGGGUCUCCAUCGGAUGACGAUGGUGGAGAAUGCACUGAAGAAGCUGAAAUCAUCUGUAUCACCUGGACCGGACGGUAUUCCUGCGUGCAUAUUGAAAAAAUGUAGUGGCAUGUUGAUUACACCUCUGCAAGCUAUAUUCAACCUCUCUCUUCGAAGCCAGCAGUUUCCAAUCGCUAAGAAGAUGUCAUACAUGCAGCCUAUCUUCAAGAAAGGCAGUAAAGUGGAUGUGUCGAACUAUCGUGGAAUAACUUCGUUACCUGCCGGAUCAAAAUGUUUUGAGAUAAUUCUCAAUGAUGUUAUGUUCCAGGCCUGUAAAAUGUACAUUUCAACAUCUCAGCAUGGAUUUUUUCCGCAACGUUCAGUCAUCACUAAUCUGUGUGAAUACACGUCGUUUUGCAUCAGCGAAAUCGAGCAAGGAGGUCAAAUCGACAGCAUAUACACUGACAUAAAGGCUGCGUUCGACUCAGUUAAUCACGAUAUUCUGUUGGCUAAGCUGGAGCGACUAGGAGCAUCUUCGAUAAUUU